AUGCUUUCAGAAUUUGAUAUUCAAUGUGUAAACCAGAAAUCCGUUAAAGGAAGGGCGAUAUCCGAAGCAUUGGCUGAUGGACCAAUCUCAGGAGAUGAAGUUGAUGACGAUUUUCCGGAUGAACAUUUACUCAACAUUGGGAUAUCUAGGUGGAAAAUGUACUUUGACGGAGCAUCUAAUAGAAGGGGAAAUGGCGCGGGUGUUUUGCUCGUUGAUCCUUAUGGAACUCAUAUCCCUUUUGCUGUGAAACUGAGUUUUUCAACGACUAAUAACACGGCGGAGUACGAAGCUUGCAUUUAUGGAGUUAAGGCAGCCUUAGCGGCAGGGGCAAAAUACCUCACAGUACAUGGAGAUUCUAACCUCAUUAUCUCUCAAACAAUUGGAGUAUGGAGAGUCCGAGAUGAGAGAUUGCAGAUGUAUACCGAGUAUCUUCAACAGUUCAUUCCGUACUUCGAAGAUAUUGACUUCAAGCAUCUUCCCCGAGAGCAAAACAGUUUUACGGAUGCGCUAGCGAACUUAGCGGUAAAUUUAACAUGGGAAAACAACGUAAAAAUUCGAGCUGUGACUAUUGAGGAAAAUAAUUCACCGGUAGUCAAUCUUGAACAUAUGAUUGCUGCAUUGACUUUGCAAGAUGAUAAAGACGCCUGGUAUGCUGAUAUUAAAAAUUUUCUAAUCACUGGUCAAUAUCCUGAAGAGAGUCAUAAAAAAGACCAACUGGCUAUCCGGCGAUUGGCAGCUCACUUUGUAAUACUAAAAGAUAGAUUGUACCGCAAGGGUUUUGAUGGAACUCUACAAUUGUGUGUUGACCAAAAAAAAUACAAAAGAUCAUGGGAGAAAUCCAUGGUGGUGAAUGCGGUCCGCACAUGA